UAGACAACGUUGACAGGGAGACAAAUAUUGCCAAUAAGCAGGAUGAUGAAGACUACCUGGAAGUAGAAAGAACAGAUGUACCAAGAGAAACUGACAUCUCUCAAAAGACAGCUGCAGCAGUUACAAGAAGGCACUUUGCAGGAGUAUCAGAAAAGGAUGAAGAAACUAGAUCAGCAAUACAAGCAAGGAAUAUGAAAUGCAGAGUUUUUUCUGCAACUGGAGACAGAAAAAGUAGAAAGGAAUUAUAUUAGAGAGAAGAAAGAAGCGGAGAGAGCGCAGGAGCCCCCACCUCAGACCGGCCCGAGCCACAACUACCUCACGCAGCCUGUCAACACCAUGAGUGAGGCCAAGUUGGAGCAACAAUCCGAACAGCAGCAGCAACAGCCAGACAAACCCAAAUCCCCCGGGGAGAAGAAAGUCAUCGCAACAAAGGUUCUUGGAACAGUAAAGUGGUUCAAUGCACAAAAUGGAUAUGGAUUCAUCAACAGGAAUGACACAAAGGAAGAUGUAUUUGUAUAUCAGACUACUAUAAAAAAUAACCCACGUAAAUACCUCCACAGUGUUAGAGACGGUGAAACUGUGGAGUUCAACGUAGUGGAAGGUGAAAAGGGUGCAGAAGCAGCAAAUGUAACUGGUCCCGGAGCAGUUGCAGCCCAAGGAAGCCGAUAUGUUGUGGACAGAAAUAGUUAUCUUCGCUGCAACCCUCGCCACCGAGGUCCAUCACGUAAUUACCAACAGAACAUUGAAGGUGGAGAGAAAGGAGAUGGAGUAGGGUCAGCUUCAGAUGGAGGAAACCAAAAUGAUCAAAAUCAGCAACAUCACCCUCCUUACAGAAGACAGCGUUACCCACCUUACUUUGUUCGUCAUCGCUAUGGUUGCCGCCCACAAUAUAGCAACCAGCCUCAAGGAGAAGUUACUGAGGGUGGUGAAAUAAAUGAAAACCAGGUUGCUGGGGAAGAAGGUAAACUUAACAGAGGACAAAAUCAAUUCCACUCAAACAAACAGCUUUCGCACAAGAUAAAUUUGAACCAAUUUUUUCCUCCAUUGAGAAUCAUACAAUUAAUCCUUUGCAGGAAAGUUUCUUUUGCACAUACAUAUUUUGAAUCCUCAGCUGAUGUGUCUUGUUUUUCACAAAGAAAUUGGGAAACAGCAUCAAAACAGAGGCAAAUUCUGGAAACAACUGUAUUUCUAUUGUAUUUUCACACGUGCUGAAUGUGCA